AUGCAUAACCUAAUACUUGAAAUAAAUUCGUCCAAGCUUGCGUAUAAUAUAUCGAUGGAGGAUGUGGCGAAAUACGUAUAUUCUGCGUUUCUAGGUCUACCUGGAAACGAGACCUGGACAGGGUUGAAGGAGGAUCGCUUCAAAGAGAGUCCUACGGAGUUUGGCAAAUUAGUAACGAGACUCGUGCAUUUUUUGUAUAACGAAAUGGACAUUUUGGAAGAAGAAGCAAUUCUGGAAUGGGCAGCUACAUUAGAUGAGGACUCCGAACUAAAGCGAAUAAUGAAGCCCAUUGUGGACUGGUUACAGGAAGACAGUGGCGAAGAAAGUGAAGAUAUGUCAUUUUUGAAUCUCGUUGAUUUCGACGGUUCCAUCAAGCGCAACAAGAAACAGGAGGCAGUAUUGAACACUUUUAAUGAUCGGGAGAAAUUUCUACGCGAGCUUGAAGCUCAAAGAAGAGCGAGAGCUAUCAAAAGCAACAAAACGCAGCUAAAACUGUGCAAAGGUCGUGGCGUGCACAAUCGAGCUCGCUUCGUUGUUUCUCAACAACUCAGGACGGAUUUUGAUAAAGUUGGGCGACCAACAACCAAGGAGGCGCUAAAUCUGCAAAUUAGGCGAAUAAAUGUGUUUUAUCACUAUCCAGAAGAUGACAGCCGCCUGGUCACGCUUUGCUCUGCGGCACUGGGUUUACGUCACAGUUGUGGCGAUGAAGACUUGGUUGGUGCUCAAAGUCGUGUAGUCUUCUAUAAAUGCCUCCUGAAGUAUUUGUCACAUUCUGGAACCGAUACGAAUUUUGUGAUGCCUAUUAGGUUCCUGGAUACAUUCGUCGAUGCUCAAGACUGUAUUUCUUUAGUGAGAAUGGGAUAUUUCGAAUGCUUGCUGAGUUUAAUCGCGAAGCUAUCUCCCCAUUACGACGAGGAAAUUACCUUCGUAAUGGAAAGGCGCUUACCACCACGCCUUGAAUCGCUUUGUGAACAUCUGAUGGUACCUAUUAUGCGAACAUCUUCAAAAGAAAGGGUAUGGGCAUUGCGCUCCUUAUUCCGAUCAGUACUUGUUAGCAAGGACUUGUCUUCGAUGGUCUUAGUUGUGAUACCUUAUAUUUCUCGUUGCUUUUAUGGCUCUAAGAUUUCUCUUCGUGAUGUUUUGCAAGCCUUUGGGCAACAUCCUUCGGAUGAUUCUGUGCCUGUAGGA